AAAAGCACCACAAAAUCCACCCACAGACACAUAGUUCCCAAACAGAGACAAAUUCUCAGAAAAAUGGCUGCCCAACAACAAGAAGAUAACCAAGAUCAACAACAAAAUGAUGAUCAUUUUGAGAAGCUCUUGUCCUCAUACUUGGGCCUUAGUUUCACAGUCUUUCUUGGGUUCUUACCCAAAAACUCCAUUUCUUUAUUCUCAACUCUCCAAAGCAAGAACAAAGCUUUAAUCUUUAAGCUUAUGCAAGCAGAAGAGCAGCUAAAGCAGCUACAUUCGAGGAGAAAAGAGGACUCAAAGGCAAAUGCAAGAGUUGUUGAAAUCUUUGCAAGCCACAGGCAUUCGUGGCAGCAAGAAGAGAAGAGGCUGUUGCAGCAGAUUGAUGAGAGUAACGAGGAAAUAGCUUAUUUGAAGAGUAAAGUUGAGUAUUUGGAGAAAAUGGAGGCUGAUUUGAGGGCCAAUAUUGAGGAUUUGAAGAGGGAAAUUGGUGAGAGAGAUGAAAUGCUCAACUUUAUUAGUAGAAGUAACUGUGAAAUGGAAAACAGUAGUGGGGAAUGCUAUGGUAACACGGCUGUGAGGUAUGGAAAAAGUGGGGUUUCAGAAGGGCUUGAUUUGGAUGUAGAGGAGUCUUAUGUGAGAAAUGGGAUGGAGGAAAUGGGCAUUGGAAGUGUUUAUGGACAGAGUACUAAUGGGUUUAGUUCAGAUUUCUUGAAUUCUGCUGCUUCCAAGUUCUGGGAUGAAAAGGGAAGUCUCUGGCAGGAUGUGCAGUAUGAAUCUGUUGAAUCACUUUACCAUUUGAAGCAUUUUGUUGCAAGAAGGGAGUCCCCAUGGAAGGUAGAUGGUGAAUCAACUGGAGUUUCUCCUAAAUUAAAAUUGCUUGAGCAAGAACUACAGAAUCUGGAAAGUAUUGGUAAGACGGAUCUAUCAAAAGUGCCGUCUCUAAUGCGAAAGCAGGCAAAGAGAUAUCAAGCAUUAGCAGGAAAAAUUGAUGAUCUAUGCAGAAGAAUGCAAGCCAGUGAUCCAUGUGAACCCAACCUCAGUACAGAGUUUCGAACUCAAAGGCAGACAGAAUUUUUACUUGAAGCAUUUCGACUACAACAGCGCGCUUCUGAAACUAAUCAGAAGCUGAUGACAUUACAAACUGAGACGGUUAAGAGUUACCGUGGGGACGAGCUUGAAGGACAGGCAAAAGUAGCCACAAGACGAUCACUGGAGUCCAUCAGAAACAACUUCAAAGAAAUCCAGAGAAAUUUGGAGAUAUGGCUGGCUAGAAUUAUUGGAGAUCUCGAAGGAAUUCUGUCCAGAGAUGGCGCUUCUCGAGCACGGGAAUAUUAUUUCUCUAGAAGGAACAGGAUUUCCGUCAAGUGAGAACCCACAUGGAACCGGAGAACCAACAUACUACUUUUGCAUAGAUUGGGACUCCCUUUUGAAAUUAAAGAAUAAGUCAUUCACCGCUCUCUUUACAGGCAGGAUUGUUACAUCCUAUUCGCACGCUGGGUGGUUCUCAUUGCAGAAUCAAGGAAUUCUUUCAAAUAAUUCCCUUCAAACUUUAGUAUUGGGUGCUGUGUCUCGAAUCAUUUAAAGAACUAAUAUGGAUAGUUCUUACUUAUUUGGGUCGUCAAGAGUUGGAGACUCACUAUCACUAGCCAAUAUGCCGUCUCGUGUGCCUUUUUAAUUCUACUUUGGUAUCAUAGACAUAUCGAACCACCAAUCCAUCCCAAACUUGGUAGUUAAACUUGACCGAUGCACUAUACUGUGAUAAACUACUUUCUUCUAAUAUACCGAAUUUGAUGUCACACAACCAUUCUACUCUAUUCAAUAUCAACAAAUCCACAGAAUGUACUGACAAACUCAAAUCAAUUCAUCAAGAAGACUAUAUAACAGCAUAUUCAUUGAAAGAUGGGUUCAAAACACUUAAUUAUAUCAAAUUCAGGCAUAAA